AUGUCUGUCGGCUAUGACUCCGAGGCCACCAUUAUCAACGCUACCUGGGUGGCCGCCCUGCUGAGCGAACGAGAUGUCGCCGGCCAGAUCCCGAUCAACUUCAUCCCCAGUCCAGCCGUGACCCUGUCGGCCGCUUGCUUUGGCAAUCGCAUCUAUGAUGAAAAGGCCGCCGCGAAAUGCAUCUCCAACCUGCUGGCAGUUGGCUACCGACGCCUCAUUCUCGACAUAUAUUGGUCGGUGGAGCGGAGAAAAUGGACAUUCUGCCCGGUCAUCGUUCCCGCUAGAGCUGAUGUCGAAGUCCCCCCCGACUCAUCGCCGACCCCGGUUGUCGCAAAAUCCCCGUCGAUCACAUCUGAUGCGAAGGAAGCCCCCGCGACAGGCUAUGACGACUCCCAUGGGGACACAGUCUAUGAGCUAGGAAAAUAUAGAUGCACAGAUAACCUGGACUUAUAUACAUUGGCCGAAGUGCUUGUUGAAUAUUUUCAAAGCACCACCACCGACCUGGAAGUGUACACGACCUACCUCGUGUUGAAUCUGCAUGUGGCUGCCAGCGAUUCUGCACCGAAUGAGCCCGCUUCUGCCAUUUCCGGCGAUCAGCUUCCCUCCUCGCAAUCGGAACGCGCCGGCUCAUAUCUCGAGGAGACUCUUCGAGAGUUUCUCUAUAGUCCAGCCGAGCUAGCUCAGGACCGAAGCAAUUUGAAUGAGUCUUGGUAUGAAGUGGAUCAAAGCUACAUGCCGAUCACGGAGUACUACACACUCCACGAAGACGAAUUGGGCCAACAGAGCACACCUGACGGAUGGCCGUCGUCAAAGUACAUCCAGUUGGCCAAACGCGAUCGAGUACUGAUUGAAUACGGCACCGUCGAUCCACAGCUUUCGGCAUACGAUCUGUCUCAAGACGAAGAUUUCGUCUUCCCUUCUGGCUACCUCACCUCGGGUGUGGCCAUCUCCGAAUCGCAGAAUGGAAGUGUCCCGUCCGGGUGCCUUUACCAUGCCGGCGCUGUGGAGGUCUCUCAAGCCAACUCAUCCUGGGCACUGUCCAGCCAUCUCCCGGUCAUCCAGAGUUCGUCCACAGAGAACACAAUGGACGCAUUGACCAACACCAUCUCCGACAUCACGGCAUGUGGUAUCUCGCCGAUCCUCAACACGACUCUUUUCAACGAGACUGCAGAUACCAACGUCGCGCACUACCGCAACGUCUCCCUCUCGGCGGGCUGGGCCUGGGCCAUCGGUGAACCUCGAGGCGCAGCGUACGCCGGAGGAGAGAACGCACCCCAAAUCGACCGCUGUGCCAUCAUGGAUAUGUCCUUACAGGGGCGCUGGCGCGCGACCAACUGCAGCGAUGUCCUGCGUGCCGCCUGCCGAGUGAACCAUUCCCCUUUCUCUUGGACACUCUCUGACUCGACUGCGUCUUACUCGAACAUUGCGAGCAGCUGCCCCUCGGGCUCCGUCUUCUCCGUGCCCCGCACAGGCCUUGAAAACACCUACCUCUACGAAACCCUAAUUUCUGAACACGGGACAGCCAUCAAUCCGACAUCCACCGAUCCCACAGUCCGUGAUAUUUAUGUCGACUUCAACUCUAUUAACGUCGAAUCCUGUUGGGUCUCAGGCGGACCUGGUGCCGCAUGUCCGUAUGCCGCCGACCCACAGGAGUUGGAGCGGCGAACUGUUUUGGUGGCUGCCGUUGCAGGAAUUGUGAUUUUGAUUAUCACGGCCUUGACCCUGUUUAUCAAGUGCAAUGCCAACCGCCGGAACUCGAGACGACGGAAGCGUGUCAUCGAGGGAUGGGAGUACGAGGGUAUCCCCUCAUAA